CCUUCCCCGCCGGGGUCCUGCCCGCCUCCCUGCGGGGAGUCCGACAGUUCUCCGGACUGCGGGAGGGGCGAGAGGCCGGGCGGGGGGCUGGAGGGUCGAGGGGAGGAGAAAGGGAAAGUAGAAGCGAGAGAAAUUAGGAGGCGGGGGAAAUCGAGGGCUGGAAGGAAGAAGAGAGUCAGAGGAUGGUGCAGAGCACUUUUGGGGAGCUGCCACGCCGCGUCUCAGGCUGGCCUGGCUGAGCUGCGGGAGCCGGAGAGAGAGCAGCGCAGGGCGGGCGCGCGGCGGCGGGGAGCAGCUCCCGGCGGGCCUGACCUUUCCAGAGCGCCCCGCUGCGGCCGCACUAGUCCGGCCUCGCCGUCCAGUCAGCGGACUGGGACCCGGCCGCUGGGCCACCAUUGGGGCGCUUAGCCCCCUCACUGCCCCCCGGCUCGGCAGGCCGGCGUGCGGCCAGUGCGCCCUGGGCGCGCGAGGCGGUGAGACCCGGGAGCCCUGCGCAGCUGGACGCGCGGGCUGGGAUGGCGAUGCAUGCCCUUACUGGCUUCUCGCUGGUCAGCCUGCUCAGCUUCGGCUACCUGUCCUGGGACUGGGCCAAGCCGAGCCUGGUAGCCGAUGGGCCUGGAGAGGCUGGUGAGCAGCCCUCGGCCGCUCCGCCCCAGCCGCCCCACAUCAUCUUCAUCCUCACAGACGACCAGGGUUACCACGAUGUGGGCUACCAUGGCUCCGAUAUCGAGACCCCUACGCUGGACCGACUGGCGGCGGAGGGUGUCAAGUUGGAGAAUUACUAUAUCCAACCCAUCUGCACCCCUUCACGGAGCCAACUUCUCACUGGCAGGUACCAGAUCCACACGGGACUGCAGCACUCCAUCAUCCGCCCACGGCAGCCCAAUUGCCUGCCCCUGGACCAGGUGACGCUGCCCCAGAAGUUGCAGGAGGCAGGUUAUUCUACACACAUGGUGGGCAAGUGGCAUCUGGGCUUCUACCGGAAGGAGUGUCUGCCUACCCGCCGGGGCUUUGACACCUUCCUGGGCUCGCUCACGGGUAACGUGGACUACUACACCUAUGACAACUGUGACGGGCCGGGAGUGUGCGGCUUCGACUUGCACGAGGGUGAGAAAGUGGCCUGGGGGCUGAGCGGCCAGUACUCCACCAUGCUCUAUGCCCAGCGUGUCAGCCACAUCCUGGCCAACCACAGCCCCCGACGGCCCCUCUUCCUCUACGUGGCCUUCCAGGCGGUGCACACACCUCUGCAGUCCCCUCGCGAGUACCUGUACCGCUAUCGCACCAUGGGCAACGUGGCCCGGCGGAAGUACGCGGCCAUGGUGACCUGCAUGGAUGAGGCUGUGCGCAACAUCACCUGGGCCCUCAAGCGCUAUGGCUUCUACAAUAACAGUGUCAUCAUCUUCUCCAGUGACAAUGGCGGUCAGACCUUCUCGGGGGGCAGCAACUGGCCCCUGCGAGGACGCAAAGGCACCUACUGGGAAGGCGGUGUGCGCGGCCUGGGCUUCGUCCACAGCCCCCUGCUCAAGCGGAAGCGGCGGAUAAGCCGGGCACUGGUGCACAUCACUGACUGGUACCCAACCCUGGUGGGGCUGGCAGGUGGCAGUGCCUCGGUGGCUGACGGGCUGGACGGCUACGAUGUGUGGCCGGCCAUCAGCGAGGGCCGGGCAUCACCGCGCACAGAGAUCCUGCACAACAUCGACCCACUCUACAAUCACGCGCGGUACGGCUCGCUGGAGGGUGGCUUUGGCAUUUGGAACACAGCCGUGCAGGCCGCCAUCCGGGUGGGAGAGUGGAAGCUGCUCACAGGAGACCCUGGCUAUGGAGACUGGAUCCCGCCGCAGACACUGGCCGCUUUCCCAGGCAGCUGGUGGAACUUGGAGCGGAUGGCCAAUGUCCGCCAGGCCGUGUGGCUCUUCAACAUCAGUGCUGACCCCUAUGAACGGGAGGACCUGGCUGACCAGAGGCCCGAUGUGGUCCGAGCCCUGCUGGCCCGCCUGGUGGACUAUAACCGCACGGCCAUCCCCGUGCGCUACCCAGCUGAGAAUCCCCGGGCCCAUCCUGACUUUAAUGGGGGUGCUUGGGGGCCCUGGGUCAGUGAUGAGGAGGAAGAAGAGGAAGAGGAGGAAGGCAGGGCUCGAAGCUUAUCCCGGGGGCGUCGCAAGAAAAAAUGCAAGAUUUGCAAGCUGCGAUCCUUCUUCCGGAAGCUCAAUACGAGGCUGAUGUCCCACCGUAUCUGAAUGGGCUGGGGGGAGGGGGAGGUGAGACCCUCUGGCCCCUAGAGGGCUUCCCCACUCAAGCCUGGCCUGCUGCUAUGCAGGCAGGCGCCUAAGUCAAGUUCCCCCUGCAGGUGAAUGGAGGGCAGAGAGCACCUCAAUUAAAUGGUGGGGAACUUGGCUUGGGGGUGAGGAGAGAGCAAAAUGCAAUGGGAUGCCUAAAUCCU